AGAUUGAUGGAAUCAAGAGAGAGACUUAAGAAUCCUCCCUGAUAUCAAGUAUGUAGUUUGCAUUCCCAAAGAGCUCCUGAUAGGAUGAUAACAUGUUUUAACAUGGACCCGGUAUUUGUUUUAAUCAGGGGACUGAAAGAGCCAUAAUUGUGACAUCAGGUGUUUUUUUGGUAAGCGGCCAUUUAUGAUUCUGGAAGAUUAAGGCAGCUAGGAAGCCCCUUCUGAGAUUUUAACAAAGCUCUCGAACAACAACCAACGCCAUGGACACAAAGCUGGACCCUUCCCGGGAUGACCUACCUCUCAUGGCCAACACCAGCCACAUACUUGUGAAGCACUAUGUACUGGAUUUAGAUGUGGACUUUGAAAGUCAAAUCAUCGAGGGCACCAUAGUGCUUUUCUUUGAGUCUGGAAAGAAACAGAGUCGGUCCACCAAGGAACCCUGCCGAACAGAGUCAAACGAAGCCUGCAGAUUUAGGAUGCCUGAACCCUGCCAUAGUCCUGUGACAGAUACGAGGACCUUCUCCCCUAAAACAAGAUCUAAUGAUUUUACAAUCUGUGGUAAAGGUGAAAAAGAUACUUCUGGUAAAGAUGGUAACCAUGACAACCGGGAACAGGCUUCUGGGAUUUCUAGCUCAAAGUACUGCUGUGACACAGGGAAUCAUGGGAGUGAGGAUUUUUUGCUAGUGUUGGACUGCUGUGAUUUAUCUGUGUUAAAGGUUGAGGAGGUGGAUGUUGCUGCUGUGCCAGGUAUUGAAAAAUUGACAAGGUCUCCCAAGCUCACAGUUGUUUCUGAGGAGCUCAGGAAUCAGAUUGUGUGUGAACUUGUGACUCUGCCUGCAGAUCGUUGGAGGGAGCAGUUAGACUAUUAUGCUCGUUGCAGCCAGGCUCCUGGCUGUGGGGAACUCCUGUUUGACACUGACACUUGGAGCUUGCAGAUCAGGAAGACAGGGGCUCAGACAGCUACUGACUUUCCUCACGCCAUAAGGAUACGGUACAGCACCAAACCCCAGGGGCGAUCAGUUACCUGGACCUCAGACCAGAGUGGCAGGCCAUGUGUUUAUACUAUGGGAUCUCCCAUAAACAACAGGGCCCUUUUUCCCUGCCAGGAGCCACCCGUUGCCAUGUCAACAUGGCAAGCUACAGUUCGAGCAGCUGCAUCUUUUGUUGUUUUAAUGAGUGGGGAAAAUUCUGCCAAGCCAACACAGCUUCGGGAAGGGUGCUCAAGCUGGCAUUACUAUGUAACCAUGCCGAUGCCGGCCUCCACCUUCACAAUCGCAGUGGGAUCCUGGACAGAAAUGAAGCCAGAGACCUGCUCAUCCAAUGAUCUGGCAGCAGAGAGAUCUCUGUCACCUUCCGAGGCCGACUUCAGGUAUGUUGGCAUUUGUGGUCACAUGGAAUACCCCUGCCGCUUCCAGAAUCCUUCUGCCACCACCCAGGAAAUUAUUCCUCAUCGGGUCUUUGCCCCACUGUGCCUCAAGGGUGCCUGCCAAGAGACCCUUCUGCAACUGGUCCCUCCUUGCCUCUCAGCAGCACACCGUGUCCUGGGAACACACCCGUUCUCCAGGCUGGACAUACUCAUCGUCCCCAGCAAUUUUCCGAGUCUGGGGAUGGCCAGCCCACACAUCAUCUUCCUCUCUCAGAGCGUCUUGACGGGAAACAGCCAUCUCUGUGGGACCCGUCUCUGCCAUGAAAUCGCUCACGCCUGGUUUGGGCUAGCCAUCGGGGCCCGGGACUGGACGGAGGAGUGGCUGAGCGAAGGGUUCGCCACUCACUUGGAAGAUGUGUUCUGGGCCAAAGCACAGCAGCUGGACCCCCACGAGGCCCAGGAGCAGCAGGAGCUGAAGGCUUGUCUACGCUGGUGUCGUCUCCAGGACGAGGUGCGGAACUCCCCGGAGGAGAUGCAGGUGUUGAGACCCAAUAAAGAGAAGACUGGCCAUGUGAGUGACUCAGGAUCAUCUGUCGUCAAACAUGGGCUCAAUCCUGAGAAGGUCUUCAUGCAGGUUCAUUAUUUAAAGGGCUAUUUCCUUCUCCGGUUCCUUGCCCAAAGACUUGGAGAUGACACCUAUUUUGCAUUUUUAAGAAAAUUUGUGCACACCUUUCAUGGGCAGCUGAUUCUUUCUCAGGAUUUCCUUCAAAUGCUGUUGGAGAACAUCCCAGAAGAAAAAAGGCUUGAGUUGUCUGUGGAGAACAUCUUCCGAGACUGGCUUGAGAGUUCUGGAAUACCCCAGCCGCUGCAGAGGGAACGCCAGGCCGGGGCGGAGUGCGGGCUUGCGCGGCAAGUGAGCGUCGAGGUCGAGAAAUGGAUUCGAAUGAACCGGAGACCCCGAAAACGGAAGCGAAGGGAGACCGAAAAACUGUUUGAAAAGGACAUAUUUUGGUUAGGCACGGCCCACGUGUUCCCAGCAUGCCAGAAUGUGAUGUCCAGUAGGUCUUCAUUUUAACAUGAGAAGAAAGCAAGUCCCUUAGAAAAAUUUUACAGCAGCUGAUAACCUGCCGAGUCGUGGCUCUCCGUGAAAGGUCAGGUGCACAGCUCCUUGGCAAUGCCCUAACAGUGCCAGCUGGUGGAGCAUGACGUCAGAGCUGCACAGUCAUGAAAAUGAAAGGGGCCACUGGGGUUUAGUCCCCCGAGGAACCAAAGAAUUGCAGAAGCUUCCCUGUGCAUCUUGAAUACUCUUCCCAGCCCAGCUCCCAGAGGGUGGCAGAAUUAAAACACGAGCUUCCUAAACUGUUACUGGAUCAUGUCAUUGAGGGUCAUUUUUGGAAAUGUAUCUCCGUUCCAACAGGCAAAUGCUAUCUGCUCCCCCAUCUUUCAACUUGUCCCCACUAUUUGGAGGAUUAUCCUGUUUGUGGACCUUGUGCCACCCUGAGGGGCUUGGGUGUUCCACAGCCCCCACCCUUUCUUUUGAUUACAUGUGUUUCUGCUAAAGACAUCUUUUUCCAGUGCUUAUAGGGGGCAUGAAUAAGUUGCUCAGUCCCCUGUAGUUUUUUGUACUUUGUGGUUUCUCUCAUCCUGUUGUGUUAACCAUAACAUGGAAAGGGGCUUGAUCAGAAGGCACAAGUCCAAGGAUAUCAGACUCAUGUGUAGUGGCCCAGAAACUCUCCAGUGUGCCUGAAAACACACUUUGUUGUGUAUGUCUGAGAAAGCCCCAUUUGUCCUGACCAACCAGGGCCAAAUGCUUCCGGUAGUGUGGCUUUCCUUUUUGGGUCACCCCUCUUGGAGCUGUAGGUGCAAGUCCUGCCCCCCCUGGGGCCCUGGGGUCGACCAGGUAUUCCUCAGGUGCGGAGGAGCUGUUCCACACCCAGCAGUCUGUGGGGCCUUGUGGCUCAUCAGAAAGCCUAUCCCUUCUGGAGCAGAGUGGGCUUUUGCCUCCAGGGAAACAAGAGGGUCCCAUAGCCCUGUUUUUAAAACAUGCCUCGUGGGUAUGUUCUCAGUUAAGUACGGUCUGCCGUUCUGCCAUUCAGAGGUAUUUCUAUUGACACAGAAGCCACUGGCUAAAAUCUGGAGAUGUUUUUCUCUGUCCUUGGAAAGACAGCAGUGUUCGCUGUUCACCCUCACCUUGGGUGUCCAGUGGGACUGGUCAGAAGAGUUGAUGUUCCUCCAGCAUACUCUCUGCUCUGUAGGUCUUUCUGAGGCACGGGAUUCAGUCGUGGCACAUUUCAGGAGUGCCAGAGGCUAGUUUUUGUAACCAGUAAACAGUAGGUGCUAUUGAGGAAUAGAGACACGUUCUCUGAAACAAAUCGGUAAAUACAUGACUGAAUAAAGUCAGGGCAGGGUGAUUUCUUGUACCCAGUUGUGUGCUGUGAUGAAAUAGCCUUUACUCUAUGAUAAAAUAGCCUUCUCACUGAUUUUAUAGGCUGUGCUGCCCUGAAAGAUUCCCAGAGGUCUUUACUGACUGUGGAUGUGCGUGUGCAUGUGUGUGUGUAUAAUGGGGACGGGCUUUCCUGAUACUGUGCCAAGUGCUGGAACACCCGAGUUCGUUUUAGAAUGGCUGUUUUUUAGAGCACCAGUGUAGUUUCUGAGGAGAUUUCAGUUAGAAACAGUGGAGUCAGAGGAACGCCUUACGUGGUUUGAGGGCAGGUACCUGCAACUCCAGUCAGCACAGAUCACUAAGAAUAGCCCUGCUACCAUGUGCUGUUAAUCUCAGAGGCAGUUCUCUCCUACUGGGUCACAGAGGCUGGAGGGUGGCACGUCCAAGGUGUCCACCUAGUGUGUCCUCGUUUCACCCCUUCUUUUGAUACCCUUGUUCCCCUUUCUGGUGCUAGCCUCUCCCCCCACCUGUUGAUUUGGGUGGCUCGUCCCCUCAGGGUGCCCAGCAUUCCUCUCUCCAUUCUCCUCUCUUAUCCCCGCUCCCCUGCACCCCACCUGGUGACUCCUUCCGUCCUGCGAAAUCUACUUGUCCGGUUUCCCUCUCCUUCCACCCAGUCAUGUUCUACCAGACGGCCUCUCCACCAGGUGACGUGUUAACCCAGUAGCACUGAUGGGCUUACGUGUGUGUGGUCCUCUCUGUAUCGGUCAGUGACUCUUCAUGUUAACUCCAUAACUCAGUUUCCCCUCUUUGAAAAUGAAAUACUAGGUUAAUUAUCUGACACUAAUUAAUAAUAAAUUUAGUCUACUUAAUAUUCCUUUCACCAGAAGGAUCCCGUUGGGAAUAUUUGACAUUUAGGAAUAUGAGCUUUAUGUUGAAUCUGGCAAGAUUCAGUGAAUCACAGUGCUGUUUUUUGUAUUUAUUUUGUGCCAUAUCAGAAAUGGGACUAGAGUAUGAGUUACAUAACAAUUUAAUAUACAGAAAUGAUAAAAAUCAUAUAGCCAGAAGUCAAAUGUCCAAAGUUCUUUGUGUUGGGCAUUAAAUUUAGUAUACUGUACAUAGCAGUUUAUAAUGUCAAACCACAUCAUUUGCUUAAUCAAGUAGGGGUUCUAACAUGUUGUAUGUUCUCUGCCCAUUUUGCUGUCACCUGUGUUAGUGCAGUUCUGUCCCCUAAAUUAAGAGACUUGCUUUCUAUGUGACCUGUUGGUGACACGUGUCCCUGCUUUGUCUUCUGUUUAGAGAUUUGGUUCCGAGUCCUGGCAUUCAUGUUGUUUUCUCUUUAGGGUGCAUAUUUGAAAACCAGGGGUUUUCAGUUAUAUUUGAAACUUAAUCGUACUUUUAUUUCUUGUUCAAAGCCAAAAUGUAAGUAGUGAUUACUUCAUCUUUAUUCUUAUUACACUUUUGAAUAAGAGCUUAGGUAUCUUCAUAAAGUGGAUCCUUCACAAAGGAGAAUGGGUUCAGACAACCACUAAAACAUACUUUUUCACCCCCAUUUUCUCCCUCCUGGUAAUAUAGGUUGACUUGAAAAAUAACAUCAAGAUAUAAGAAAGGGCAAAACUGGUAAAUACAAAUUGAGUUUUCUGACACAGAUCACAGAGGUGAGAGAAUUUGAGACCAUGUUCCUUACAGUUUGAGACAAUAAAUGGGGCAGAAAUGGCAUAAAGGGUGAGGGUGAAACAGUUGAACAGUAAAGAUGAGCUAGUAUUGAAACUGCACUUGGGCAUUAAUAAUUUCUCCCUUAAACCAUGCACUGUGGCCUGUGAGGCCUCCUUUGGCUCAUCAGUUUUUAUGUGGGCUAAAGGCACUUGUUUGGAAGAUGUAAAUAUCCUCAUGUUUUUUUAAUGGAGAAAGGUUGGAACGAUUAUGCCUUCAAUUCUGAUCAACUGACAGUCCUUGAUUUCACAUGAGCCACACUGAGAGAAAGCACAUACUGUUUCGGUGAUGUAAUACACAUCUCUAGAAAGAGGAGCUUGACAGGCAGGCCUUGCUGUGAUUCUUGCUAAAGGCUAGAUUGGAUUGAUUGAUAUGUUUCUGGUUUUGUUAUGAACCUGGGAGGGAAGUGGGAAGACAUCCUAUACAUCUAGCAUUUCGUUUAAUAAUUUGGAAGAAAAACAUUUCUAACAGUAGUCACACUUCAUUUUUUCCCUGAAACUGGACAUUAAUUGUUGGCGUAUUUGAAAAAUCUGCCCCAAAGAUGCAUCCUAUGGGAGCAGUCAGAAACUAACUCAGGUUGAGGACCAGUUGGAACACCUUGAAGAUCUAAGCAGUAGUAACUCUCUAAGGAAUUUCCUUUGAACUGGUGCCUUGCUAUUUUUAAAAAUGAAUCCCGUUGACACCAGAUUCACACAAUAUAUAUAUUUUAAUUUUUUUAAUGUUUAUUUAUUUGAGAGAGAGAGAAAGAGUGUGAGCAGGGGAGAGGCAGAGAGCAAAGGAGACAAUCCGAAGGAGGCUCCAGGCUCUGAGUGGUCAUGCACAGAGCCUGAUGUGGGGAUCAAACUCAUGAACCACAAGGUCAUGACCUGAGCUGAAGUCGGAUGCUUAACUGACUGAGCCACCCAGCCGCCCAACAAUAUUUUCUAAAAGAAAUCAGUGCGUAGCAUAGCUUGUCUGUCAGUAAGAGCAGGCACUGCCCUUUCAUCAUUCAUUGACCCAGACUCGCCCCCUACACCACAUGCUUUCAGAUGCUUCAUCCAGAAAAUGAAAAUGAGAGACUGCAGACCCCGGGGAGAGGCUCCUGUGACGUUGGUCACACUGAACUCUCUUGAAUACAAAAGACUGUACAAAUACUCAUGUUUUAAAUCUCCCCAGAUUUUUGCUAUCUCGUAAUUGAGGUGUCUUUUAAGAAUUCCUGCUGUAUUUAAGGGUUCCUUUAUGAGGAUGCACCUGUGAUUUUGUGUGUGCACAUUUCCUGUAAGCCUAAGCUUCUCUAAGCUUGAGGGCAGUUGGAAUCUUCCAGUGAGCUUGCUUGCUUUUGCAAGAUCUUACUGGUUUCUCUGAAGGACAUUUUUUGUAAUUUAAUUAUUUGAAAGUAUGAAAAUACAAUCUUUUGAUUUUAUUAUCUGAGGUUGUAAUUCUUGAAGAUGGAAUUUGGUAGGCUUCACUUGAUUUUUUUUUUUUUUUUAAUGUUUGUUUAUUUUUGAGAGAGACAGAACACAAGUUGGGGAGGGAAAGAGAGGGAGGGAGACAGAGAAUCCCAAGCAGGCCCCGCCCUGCCAGGGCAGAGCCGAAACCAAGAAUCCGAGGCUUAACCGACUGAGCCACCCAGGUUCCAAGGUCCUUGCUUUUAAUUGUCACCUAUGGAAAAAAAUCCUAAAUUUUAAAUAACUUUCUAAGAGUAGCAACCCUUAAAAUGACAGGAAUCAUAAUGGAGGGUGGGGGAAUGUCCUUCAUCCCUUAUAAAGGUAUUUAAUCUUUUUGUAAAAAAUCUUUCCUUGCUCCCUAAUUAGCUUAAUAUGUAAUUGGCCAUAAAACGUGUGUAUUUACUUGCUCUUAAAAACCAGAAGUGUGGUGUUGUAUUCCUUUCAGCAGCUACCAGAAUGGUGGGGAUAUUUUUGUUUUAAGCAGGGAGAACACUAGUUUGUUGCAGACGUCACCAGGCGUGACACAACGGAGAAGUGGAGGAAACCUGGCCCAGGAGCUCCAGAUCUGACCUGGAGACCACAGGGCUGGAAGUCAGCCGGGGUGGCGGCAGGGCUGUGGCUCUGAGAGCCCUUUGGCCUCCUUGUCCCAGCCUGGCCACAGCUCACUUUAGCAGUCCAGGCCCUGAAUGUCCCUCUCUUGCCAACUCAACUGUUAGGGGAUCAGAUGCUCACUGCGUUUGGGCAGGUUGCGCAUUCUGAAUGCGCUACUUGCAGAAAGUGGUAGCAUCUGUUAAACUUUUCAUUUGAAACCUGGAUGCCCCUGUUCUGUUGGAACAUCACACAUGUGUGAGGUGUCUCCAGCCUUACUGUGGGCAUGAAGAUUGUAGAGAGCCUACAGAGGCUUUUGAAGUUUUUUACCAGCAUGACCUCAGAACGGUAUUGGUAGUUUGGUUAUGAAUAACUGUUUUAUGAUGUUUCAGGAAAAAUGUAUUUAUUUGUUCAUCUUUGUAUUUUUUUGUUCGCCUUUAAGUUGGGGAAAAAAAAGAAAGGAUUUUCUUUUAUCAGUGUCUAUUUUAUCUUAAGAAUUUUUUCUGAAGUCAUCCUUUGCUUAUUUUACCCAAAAGCUGAUUAGAGUUCAUUGAUAGAAAAUAAUAGGCUAUACAAGUAACUACAGAAAAUAUUUGUGUCCUUAGGACAUAUAAGUCAUCAGAAGUAUUGCCACAUUCGGUUGUAAAGGUUGUAUUGUUUGAGAUUAUAGUAUAAAAAAUAACACCGUAUCUUGGGCACCAGAGCUUGAUGAAUUCCGGUGUGCUACAGAAAUUUAACUUGCAUUUUUCCCUAGAAUAUUCACCUUUCUUCUCCACCUCUCAGUUUGUGGAGUAAAUAAGGCAUCAUCUUUGUUCUGGGCAUAGUGCCUCCAGGAGAUGGCUGAGGGACGGGGACAGGAUGGUAAAUCGUCCAGUUUGCUAAACUAGAAAGGAAAAGCCCGUAAGUGCUGUUUAUUUCUCUUCAGCUGCUCUCUGCAGUCCUUCAGACGCUCCUGGAGAAGGAAGUGCUUAAUCCUGAAAACUAUGGCAACAUUAUAAGUGAUUUAUCUGUAUAGUGUAGCCCAUUACCUGGCAGACAAGCUCAUAAAUUCCUGAACGUUUAUCUGGCUUCACUUGCUGAUUCAUCGUGAUCCUGAGCAGCAUUAUUACUGGGCCCCUACUUACCGAAUGUGACCAGGAGUAUGGUGCCAUGGUGGGGAAUGUUGGCACCUCCAAUGUGUACAGAAUACAUGGAGCUCUUUCGGUGAAAGUUGCUUGGCGUGAAGAAUGCUUUCAGUGUGAGAAACCAUCCAUCCAUCCACCCACCCACCCACCCACCCACCCAUCCACCCAUCCUCACUCUGUGCAAGGCCUGUAUCUCUCAAAAGUAAAGCUACAUGUACGUACUGUCCUGAGACAGGAGAAGGAACGGAAGUUUCCUAAAGAAUAAAGUACAUUCAAGCAAGGUGGAAAACAACACUGAUUCCUGUCAUUAUACCAAAGGUGAUGGUAUAAACUAAACCAAACGCCCUGGAAAACUAGAUCCCAUCAACCUUGAAUGACAGAGCUAGAUAGGAAUGAGCCCAGCCCAGAGUGUAGUUGGGAGAACAUGCUGUUUCCAGCAGCUGCAAUUUCACAUACAUCAGACUGUGAAUUCUUCUGUGCUUUGGUUUCUAGGCAACUUGCAGAAAUUUUAAAUCUGAAUAUAAACAUAUAAACUCUCCCCUCCCCUCCCCUCCCCAACCAAAAAAAACCCCUCCUGAAUACAAUGAUAGAAAGCCUAAUGACAUAACCCCUGUUUGCCACAACUCUUGGUAACUACAGCAAACAAAUCCAGGCCACUACCUGGCUAUUUAGAGAUUCUGGUGGUUAAAUCUAGGAAGUGAAGACAAAGCAGCUGUAAAUAACUCCUUUUGUUGCAAAAUGAUUAAUAUUUCUAUGGUAUGAACAAAUCGUGGGUAUUCUGCUUCCAGGAUCCCCUGCAAGAGAAGGGAUCUCCUCAUGGAAAUGGUUUCUUUCAUUAAGGGAGAUUUCUUUUCCUGUAUUUUUAAUUUGUCCUGUAUUAAGAUUGUUAGAAGUCGUAGAUCUCUUUAUUGACAGCAGCAUGUUUUGUCCAUGAAGGGGUACUGGAUGGUUUCUUGAAUACUGGCUUAUCUUACCUUUUCCUGUAGCGGCUCUCAGGACUCACAGAGUCCUGUUUGGAUGGAUCGGGGCCUACACCGCCACAGGGAGGGAAGUGAUAGGAGCAGUCCCUGAAUCACUGUGGCUGACUGUUGGUGUUGGGGAUUCGGACUUCAAGAUAACCGUGGCGAGUUUAUAGGUGAGGCAGGUUUAAUAAAGUUGCCAGUAAAUGUGGCAGUCGCAGUGAUCUUGAUAGACCAGGCACUGUUUAGAUUCAUGUGGGAAACUCCCAGCCCUAGGUUUGAAAGCAGGGUUAUUGUGGAUCCACUGGGCAGACAGAAGUUGAAUGGGACACCUGUGGGGAUUUGCCCAGUGCCUCUAAAUAUCUAAUAGUGCAAUGGCUGGGAGGGGAUCAGACAGUAUGCUUUAUGCACUUUGGGAGUCUGCAUCUCAAGGAGUGUGGAUCAGUUGGGAAAGGUCCAAAGAGAGGUAAUAUUAGAGAAUAAACAUUAAGAUCUAUGAGGAGAGUUUUUCUGUCUAGUAGCAACAAUGUUUGAGGCUUUGGGGAUGAACUGCCAGCAGGGUUCUAGCUUUUGUGCCUCUGGACAAGUCACUGAGUGCCUCUCAAAACUCUCCUUUAGUGAGGAAGCCAGACAUCCUGCCAUCUUUGUAUUAUGUCCUGUAUUCAAAGGAGGUGUCCACAAGAUAAUCUUUAUUUUCACAGGACAAAAAUGAAGUGAUUUAAACUGCACUGGCGGGUUUAAGAGUCCUAUUUUUGCAAAUUAUAAAUCAAUAUACUGUGUUACUAAUAGAAACGGUUAAUAAAUUCAUAUUUUUACACAGCUGUAUCUUGAUCUUAGCUCAGAUGUUGAUCUCAGGGUCAUGGGUUCGAGCCCUGCACUGGGCUCCACACUAGGCUUGAAACGUACUUAAAAACAAAAAGAAAACCCACAACAUUUUACUUUAAUAAUACUUCUCCUAAAGUCUUUAGGGCAGGCUAUACAAUAGAAACAAUUUAAGAGUUUAUUAAUUUGUUUACCCCUGCUAUGGACAUCAUGUUUGUUUAUUGUCAUUCCUUCAUUUUUCAUGUUAUUAAUUUUUAAGUCUUUAAAAUGGCCCCUGGUGUUAUUUACUGUCAAGAACAGUGACUUGUAACGGCAGACUAAGAUUGCUGACAUUAUUUUUUAUUUCUCAGAGUUUGUAAAAACUUUUCAGGAUGUUAAAUUUCUUAAGUUAGUACAUGAUUGAUAUAUUUCCUUUUCCCACAGAACUAAAGCAUGUUAAGGAUGCUAUUUUAAUUUAAUUUAAUUUAAUUCUGGGAAUAUAAUAAGAAUAGCAGUAGGGGCUUGUAGGAAGGGCUAGAAGAGGAAGCACGGGUCUUGUUAGCCCUCCUCGAACACAAGCAGCACCAGGUGGAGACGGUUUCUCCUCAGUUCCAGAGGACCUCAGGAGGGGAGAGGAGCACAGGGGUCAGGUGGCUUUGAGGCCACAGCUUCACCAGAGGGCCCUGCUUCCCCAAGCCCUUCCCAUAGGCUUGUGUCUACAUUGAUAGGAAUAACCGUCCAUACAUAAUCAAACAUCAGUUACUUUCCUGUGCUUUGUAAAAUUUAAUGCCCGGCCUCUUUUUCCUGUGGGUUUUUUUCCCCUUUAGAAUUACAUUGCUAUCAGGAAUGGUUUUCUGAGAACUAGGGACGAAGGAGGGCUGUAUUUCACGGUGUGCAAUUCUGCUAAUAAAAAUGGAUGGUCAAACACAAAGCCAAGUUUAGCUUCCAGCUGAAUGCUUCCAGCAUUUAGACCAUUGUACAGCCACAUGAUAAGCACUUUUUUCUAAAGAAAAAUGUCAAGGCCCAGGUCCAAGUGUGUUUCAUCUUGGGCUGCUUCCCAGUGCCUGAGGUUCCACAUUUUCCAGUUCUUCUCCAGAACUUGCCUCCAUCCCUGGGAUUAAAGAGCAGGGAGAUCUGACUCCUUUGCUCAUUUCUGACCAAGUGCUCCAAGAGACACCUACUGGUAAGGAUGCUUUCCCCCUCCCUCCGGUUGAGUGUUCAUGGAGGUGAGGCCAUUCCUGACAGAACUACCCCUCCCCGCUCAGCCUUCCUCUCUUGCAGGAGGGAGGGUCUUAAUUUGGAAUGAUUCCAGCUCCUCUCCUGCUGGUUUAGCUUCACAGACCAAGUAAUGCCAAAAGAGAGCCAAAGGUAUUUAAAAAAAAAACUGAUCCAAGUGAGGUAUGAUUGGAAACAAUUGCUUUUCUAAUAUAGGACAUGACAAAGAAUUACACUUCUUCCCUCAGUGAAGAGUUUACCUGGAAAGAUACGGCUCAUUAAUUCUCUUUGGAAAACAUAAAGUGUGAAAUUUGGAAAACAUAAUUGGGCAGUUCCGUGAUAAAGUCUGUAUACCAUAAAAAAAAAGAAAUUAAUGGCACUGAUCUUGUGGACAUGUGGAUUGCUCUGUCCUCUUAACCUGUUCCUUUAUAGCUCAGGCAUUUUGUCUGGCUUCUGCAACCACACGGUGUCAGGCUAUUCAGGAACUUGGCCAGGUUUAGCACACCUGAGUGAAACAUCUGGGGCAAAGGAAAACCCCUUCAACAGCAGCUUUGUUCCCUUUGAACAGUGGAAGAAAUGGCCUUAGGAAAAGAUUGAUUUGUGCUAGAAAAAUAGAAACCAUGGGGAUCUAUUCAAAAAUAAGUUUGUGUUUUAAAUCAAUUAUGUACUAAAAAUCUGAUACGGGCCAAUUGUAAUUGCAGUGCUGUGUAUUCAGAUUCCUCGAUUGUGUGGAUUUUGGGGGGAGGGCGAGUGAACAUUUCAAAAAACUAUAAUAAACUGGGCUGUGAUCUCACCAUAUGUGUUGAAUUGAACACAACUCUUCUGCUUUUAAUGAAGACUUUAGCCUUUAGGGGUAAAUAAAACAUCACUAAACAGGGAUGGCCUGAAUAUUUUUUACUGGCUGUAAUAAUUAAAGCCAUGAAAAAGGUGGUGGGGUUAUGUUACUUAUUAACUUGAAUCACUCUUAGAUUUGAUCAAGACGUGGUUGCCCAUGGCGUUUUGUUUCAUGUUUGUCCUUUGUUUCAUUGACAUGCUCUGCCCUGGCCUCCAUGGCACUAGAAAAGCAGUGAAGCAGUUAGAAACCAGACCCUAAAGGGCUUUUAGACCCCCUAUCCAGCUUUCUUCUCAUCUCAGCCCACCGACUCCAGCAAACUUCUCAGCCACUAGAGUCAAGCCUGAAAUUCCCUAUGAAGCUGUGUCCUUGGGGAUGAGGGGAGGGCCCAGGAAGGAAUCCUCCCCUCUUAGGAGGAAACUGGUCAGAGUGCAGGUGUAGCUGAGAGCCUUUAAAGAAUGUUUUUAUCUUCCUCACAUAUUGAGCCAAACACAAACCAGCAGUGAGGUUGAUUCUAAGAGGAACUUAGAACCCACAUGUAUUAGUUUCCUGUUGCCGUUGUAACAGAUUACCACAAAUUCUGUGACUUAUAACAACACAGAUUUAUUACCUACAGUAUCUGGAGGUAAGAUGUCCAAAAUCAUUCUCAUUGGGCGAAGUUCAGGGUGUCAGUAGGCCUUUCUGGAGGCUCUGGGAGAAUCCACUUCUUUUCCUUUUCCAGUUUCUAGAGGUCCCUGCAGUCCUUGGUUCAUGGUCUCUUCCUCCAUCUUCAAAACCAGCAAGGCCUGGCCAGUCUUUCUCACGCUACUGUCUCUCUGGUUCUCUCUUCCUUGCCUGUCUUCUUCACUUCUAAGGACCUUGUGAUUACAUCAGGUUCACUCGGUAAUCCAGGAUCAUCCCAUCUCUAAAUCGGCUGAUUAGCAACCUUAACUCUCCCUUGCCGGGCAACCUAAAGUACUCACUGGUUCCAGGGAUCAGGGUGUGGCCAUUAUCUUGUUUACCACACUAGAGAGUAUUGAUAAUGUAAGAGAUUAGUGAAUUAGGAGUUCAUAGAGUUGGAUAGUAGAUACAGGCUGUGUGGUAUUAGAAGUGGGUUUUCAUAGCUUCUUACUAAGGUUUCUUAUAACUACUAUCUGGAAAAAUUAUAUAUGUACAUGAACACACAUGGUAUGUAACACCAAUAAAUAAAAAGAUCUUUAUUUUUAGCUUGAGUGGGUUUCUAUUUUACUGUAAUAUCUAAUGUCAACUAGUAAAUAUAAAGACACUUUAAGUGUGACAUACACAUAUGUAUAAUUUUAGCUUGGGGGGAAAUGGCAUUUCUCUAUUCAAAAGAAUGAUCCAAUUAUAGUUUCAUUGACUUGAGAAUAAUUGAAUUAAUGUUUUGUCUUGUGAAUUUUUUGUGUUAUAAUUUGUCAUUAACACCCCACUUCAUAGGAGAAUGUCCAAUAAAAAUGAUACUCUAUUUAAAAAACAAAGAUACUCUGUUUUUAGCACUAUAAAGAUCCUUUUUGGUGCUCACAUCUGUAAAAGUUUUACAUAGUUUUAAGCACUGUGUGCAUUUCUUGUGUGUAAGUGGCUUGACUUUUCUGUGGGCCCUUGCCCCAGUCAUCUCUUUUGAAGGCCCUGGGUGGUGUGAGCCCAUGUCUGCAAGGCCAUGGCAAAAUCAACUGAGAUAGCAGAUGUGUGAAGUUCUCUGGGAGAAAAGCACCAUCUGUAUUUGCAUAAAGCGGAGCUGCCGUGGUUAAGCUGUCAACAGCUUCCGAGUAGAAAAUGUCCCUGAAGUAGAUAUGACAUUUACCUGUAAUGGCUUUCUUUGCCUGUGAAAUUAAUGGUGUAAGGCUUAAAAAAAGAAAAAAAAAAUUAUCUUUGAAUUUCUGUUUUAAAGUUGAUCCUGUUUUAACAAAUGUUCGUCAUUUUAGUUGCUAAAAUCAGUGCUAAUGGGCACAAGAUUGAAACUUUGAUCUUGUUGCAAGACAGGUUACAUUAAUUCCGCAUCAUGCAAAUUGGCUGUGCUGGGUGCUGAGGGUGGGGCGACUGAAAGAAAAGACCUCCGGGGGCCCUUCCAGGAGCUCAGAAGCUCCGUGUGUGCACAGCAGCACUGACAGUUCUGUUAUACGUCAGAGCGGGACUGCUCACGUGGGAAUAGGGGAGAGAAUAAAACCCAGGAAGCACAAACUGUUUCUGGAAGGGUUCUUGAAAAAGGUAGCCCCUGAAAAGUGAUUAGGGGGAUCUGAGGGCAUUCCAGGCAGAGGGACUGGUUAUUAGCAAUUCAUAUCAGUUUGCAAAAAAAGCUUGACCGGCUGAGAGGAUUGGAACUGGAAAUGAACGUAUUGAAUGACACACAUUGGGGCAUACAGGUCACUGUGUCAGAGAACAGAGAGAAGAGGCGGCCAGAAUCAGAGUUGUGCGUAAGCGACACUCACCUGCCCGGUGGGGUUGGGCAACAUGGGUUUAUAAUCCAGAUCCAUGCCAUCACGCAGGCCUGACCAGGCCCUGGGGCCCGCACAACGGGAGGCGCUACAAACCACGGAGGGAGGGAGAAUGAAGAGCUGCUUUGGUUUACGUUUGGUGAUUAACUUUGGUAGUCACCGGUUUCACUCCGUGCUCUACGCUCCUUGUCUCCUUGUGGGCACAGUUGGUUCUUGGGAAGCAUAAGGGAGGAGGGUGGGCCGUUGUAAAUUCACGCCAAGGACCAAAGUGGGUCACGAGCCCAGAAGUACGCUGGCCAGUAUUCUUGACACCCUAAGAGUUGGGUAGAGUUUUGGGGGAUGCGAGAAUGGAACUGGCAGUUUGCGCCCAAGGUCAUUAGGCAAGUAGACCCGGGUUCUGACUCGCCCGCUGAAGGCGCCCCUACUGCCUGCUGUUUGUGUUCGGAGGAAAAGGACGCUUGUGUUUAAAGAGAGGCAAGGCAGUCUUACCGCCUGCACCAGGCGAGAGCUCCCCCCCCCGUCCCGCCCGGUGCAGCCAGGUGCGGGAGGGUGCCGCGGCCGGGUAGACACCUGCAGGCCUGGGGGGAGGCUGGGCGGGGCCGGAGCGGAACCACGACACCGCCCCCUCCGUGAGAGUCCCGGCAGCCCGCCCACCACCCGCUCCCUCGGUAGGUUGACCCCUGCGGCGCAUGGGCCCACUCUCGGGCUGCGAGGCCGCCCCGACACUGGCGCGGGAGCGGACUUUAUCUGGGCUUGGCGAUUCGUGUCGCGUGAGGGUCCGGGUCGGGGAAGACGAACCGCGGCCGGUGGGGCCCCAGAGCCAACACGACUUGCUUUGGUUGAAACCUUCUUGUAUUAGGGGUGCUCCCGGCUUCGGAUCCAGGCAUUUGGGCACCCCAGAGAUUCCCUAAAUCCCUUUUGUUCUUCUUCCCUGCGGGGACCGACUGCGCCUUCCUGGUGGACGCUGGGUGCUCCGUUCUCCUGGCGAAAAGGCUUCUGUGCGUAUCGUGGAGGCAUCCGGCGUGCUCACCCAGGGUCUCGGCUUCGUAACCGGAGAGCGUUAUUCGCGCAUUGAUUCUACGCAACAGCCGUAGGCUCCUAGGAGCUAGGUACUUUAAUUUUGUGCCCCCCUCCACCCUUCAUAAUUUGUUGUCCCCUGCUUUCUAACUUAGGUCAUUCUUUGCUUCAGAGACAAAUGUGCUCGGGGACAGAUGUCAGUGUAGUCCUCCCUCGUUUUAAACUUAGGUGAAGUUGGUUGACAGCGUGGAGCGAGACGUGUAGAAUUCGGGCAGCAUCGUCCAGCGGGACCUGUGGAAUUGAUACUGGCGUUUAGGGACUUGCUUUUGAAAAGCCUUGGAGAGGUGUCACCCCCACUCCCACCCCACCCCGCUUUGAAGAGAGGUGGGAGUGCAGAGUGCUGCGCAGGUGGUUUCCCAGUGCUGGCCCUCAGAGGACAGCGCUCUGCUUAGGAGGGGGAGGGGGGGCAAACGUUUCCUAAAUACUGCUUCCUCCCCCC